UUCCCGUUAAUAUCCCGGCCUCGAGUUCGUCGCUGAGAUCAGUCAUCGCUGUACCGUUUCUGCGUGAGAUUGACAACGUACGUAUCGACGAGAGAACCGGAGAGGAAUCGUUCACCGUCUGUGAGCACCGACGUAUCUUUUGGAGACACAAAAAUUCGACUGGUAAAGUUCAUAGAAAAUACAAAACAUGAAGGAAGCAAAAGCUUUGCUGAUGUUGGGACUGCUAGCAGUCGCCGUGUUUGCGAAAGAGGACAAGGAAAAGGAGGACAUUGGUACGGUGAUAGGAAUUGAUUUGGGCACAACUUACUCCUGCGUUGGCGUUUACAAGAAUGGCCGCGUGGAGAUCAUAGCCAACGACCAGGGUAACAGAAUCACGCCUUCCUACGUAGCAUUUACCGCCGACGGCGAGCGCCUGAUCGGCGACGCCGCGAAGAACCAGCUGACGACAAAUCCGGAAAACACUGUGUUCGAUGCGAAACGACUGAUCGGUCGCGAGUGGUCAGACCCCACUGUGCAGCACGACGUGAAAUUCUUCCCGUUUCCGGUAAUUGAGAAAAAUAACAAGCCACACAUUAAGGUGGAGACCAGUCAAGGCGAGAAAGUGUUUGCGCCUGAAGAGAUUUCCGCUAUGGUGCUGGGCAAGAUGAAGGAGACUGCCGAGGCAUAUCUCGGCAAGAAGGUUACUCACGCGGUGGUUACUGUCCCGGCAUACUUCAAUGACGCGCAGAGACAGGCAACUAAGGAUGCUGGAACUAUCUCUGGCCUCGUCGUAAUGAGGAUCAUCAAUGAACCGACUGCCGCCGCGAUCGCGUACGGCUUGGACAAGAAAGACGGUGAGAAGAACGUACUGGUGUUCGAUCUGGGUGGUGGUACCUUCGAUGUCAGCCUGCUCACUAUCGACAACGGCGUGUUUGAGGUCGUUGCGACCAACGGAGACACUCAUUUAGGAGGCGAAGACUUCGAUCAGCGCGUGAUGGAUCAUUUUAUCAAGCUGUACAAGAAGAAGAAGGGCAAGGAUAUUCGCAAGGAUAACCGAGCUGUGCAGAAAUUGCGUCGUGAAGUCGAGAAGGCCAAACGAGCGCUCAGCGCUAGCCACCAAGUGAGGAUCGAAAUCGAAUCGUUCUUCGAGGGCGAAGAUUUCUCUGAGACCCUGACCCGUGCCAAAUUCGAGGAGUUAAACAUGGACCUCUUCCGCAGCACUCUCAAGCCUGUGCAGAAGGUCUUGGAAGAUUCCGACAUGAGCAAGAAAGACGUGGACGAAAUUGUCUUGGUUGGUGGCUCGACUAGAAUCCCGAAGGUUCAGCAGUUGGUGAAGGAAUUCUUCGGUGGCAAGGAACCGUCGCGAGGCAUCAACCCCGAUGAGGCUGUCGCUUAUGGUGCCGCUGUGCAAGCGGGAGUGCUCUCUGGAGAACAAGACACGGAUGCGAUCGUACUUCUCGACGUUAAUCCUCUUACUAUGGGUAUUGAGACUGUUGGAGGUGUGAUGACUAAACUUAUUCCAAGAAACACCGUCAUUCCUACAAAGAAGUCUCAGAUUUUCUCCACGGCGUCCGAUAGCCAACACACUGUCACGAUUCAGGUGUACGAAGGCGAGCGUCCGAUGACCAAGGACAACCAUCUGCUCGGCAAGUUCGACCUCACCGGCAUCCCACCGGCGCCGCGUGGUAUACCACAAAUUGAGGUAACUUUCGAGAUCGACGCGAAUGGUAUUCUGCAAGUAUCGGCCGAGGACAAGGGUACCGGUAACCGCGAGAAGAUCGUCAUCACGAACGACCAGAAUCGCCUGACGCCUGAUGACAUCGAGCGGAUGAUCAAGGACGCGGAGAAGUUCGCCGACGAUGAUAAGAAGCUGAAGGAGCGCGUGGAGGCGCGUAACGAUCUUGAAUCGUACACGUAUUCGUUGAAGAACCAGCUGGCUGACAAAGAGAAGCUCGGCUCGAAGGUGAGCGACGCAGACAAAGCGACGAUGGAGGAAGCGAUCGAGGAGAAGAUCAAGUGGCUCGAAGACAAUCAAGACACCGAGCCGGAGGAAUACAAGAAACAAAAGAAGGAACUUACCGACAUUGUUCAGCCGAUUAUCGCCAAACUUUACCAAGGGACAGGCGGUGGCGUCCCACCGACCGGUGGUGACGACGAGGAUCUCAAGGACGAGCUUUAACUGCAAGCUAACGACUCGCCCGCUCCAUUUCGCGGUAUAGACUGAUUAACUUCACCUCCCGAGCAAAUACUUUACAGAAGUUCUGUUGACGUAUGAGAGGUUGAAAUGCGUUCACGAGACACGCCGCGCUCUCGCUGUGCGUUUAGCUGAAAUCUGACUGUCCGGUUCUAAAUUUUAUUUAAGUAAUCUGUAGUAUAUAUACAUUAUAAGAUAGAGGAUCUAUUCUCUACGGCGUUCGUUCCUCACUUGAUUCUAUUUAACACAUCGAAAGUGAACGAACAAACGCUACUCCAUCCUGUAUAAUAAGAAUGACAGGAGCUAAAUGUACAGUGGGAAUAGAAGUCUUCGCCACGAAAGUCCGCGUACGUUCAAGGAAAGUGUGAGCGAGUGCUAAGGACGUCGCUAAGGAAGAAGAGAAAUCAAUCAGGUUUUUUAAAUCUACAAUUCAUAGCAACAUAUAGAAGAAAAUAUUAGUUACGGUUAAGCUAUGAAUAUGUAAAAAUAUUAACUUUUUUUAAUCCGUUGUACCUUCUUGCAUUUUCCUUAAUCGGAAAGUAGUUUUGUGUGAAGUGCUAGUCACUCGUGUGUGCAGGAUGUAUUUAACAAUAUGUCGACGAAAUUCCGCGUCCGGCUGAGUCAGCAUAAAAUGAACAUUUCACGAAAUAGACGAUUUACGGUUUAGUAAACGUAACGCAAGUUUCAUUCUGUUGUAGCUCAGUCGGUCGUAGGAGAAGUGUUUGCUGAGUGCUUGAAAUUGGUUGCGUUUACAAAACAAUUUUCGGACAUCGCGUCUGUUGUUUGCUCUUUUUUGUUAUAACAUUCACAUUUUUUUUGUAUCUCAUAUUAGUCUUCGAGUAUUUUUACGAGAUGGGAGCGACGAAGAGAACGAUGCUAGGCGUCUGUAGAUCAUCUUGUAAAUGCAAUGAAUUCCAAGCACUGUGGAUUGCUGGUCCGCCAGAAGAUCACACAGUGACUAUAAUCAUCGCCUAUCAUUCUGUAUUGUGUUUGCUAGGAGGAAUUAUUGUGACCCUCCCGAAAUAUAUUGGGAGGUGUCUGGAGGGAGACUUUUCCGACGCUCUUCUCGUUCUCCUUCUCCUAAAACACAUACACAUACACACACAAUAUUGCGUCGUUAAUUUAUUUUGAAUUGUUUUAUAUGUUCUAUUAAGUCCUUAUAACGAUUAAUCAAUAAUAAUAAAACCCGUUACAAGUUUGUUCGAGUGUAUGCGAUUGGAAAUGGGAAUGAAUGAUUUGCACGCGAGUAUUGCGGGUACGUAAACUCGUAUACUGCCGCCGGACUGCAUCGUACUAUGUACUAUGUAGCCGUAUAUGCGUAUGUGCGUGAGUGUUGCAAUAUGUAUCGGUAUCGCAAGAAUAAAGAUUUUUUCAGUAAAUGAAGACUCA